CUGCGAAACAAGAUGGCGAACAGUACUGGAGAAUGUCCACCGUUGUAUUCCUCCUUGGAAAAGAUCUAUUUAGCAUCUACAGAUAAAGCAUUGUCGAGGUUAGAGAUCUGGGUUACUCUUUCUCGUUACUUAAAGCUGAUUUUUCUUUCAGGACCCGAAUUUAGCGUAAUUUCCUUAAUUUGCUCCUUCAGCUUCCGGUAACAGGUUUCGCACCUAAAAUCAUCGGUAGUUGAUUUUCAAGAUCGUUCCUUUGUAAUGAUGAUUGUCAUGUUAUGCUCGAAUAUGGUGGAGUAGAAAUUUAGCGCUAAAAUUCAGGGGAAAACAGCAUGAUUUUUCCAAGGAAAAAAAUUUAAAGAUUUGAAUUUUAAUACUGUCAGGUACCGACACUAGCCGGUCUGUGAUUAUGUCACGUGAUGGGAAAUGGUUCCAGAAGAAACCGAAGACUUGUAACGCUUGGUGUUAUGCUGGGCAAGAUUUCCCUACAGCCCCAUAAUUCAUUAUGCAUACAGUUCUUAAAUAAAGAAAAGAUUGGCGAAAAUAAAAGACUGCUUUUAGGACAACGGCUUUGUUUUAGAUUAGUAUGGGGUUAGACGGAAAUCUUUCCGAAAGAUGAAUGAUAUUUUAUAUCUUUUAGUGCAAGAAGGGAAAAUAUUUGAAAGGUUUGAGGUUGAGAGAUAAUUCAGAAAUAAGGUUUUUUUUUUAACUAUCCCAUCCGCUAAAUUUUUGCAACCUACAGAACAUGCACAAUGGCCCCUCAUCAUUCCUUGUAGAGUAUUAUUUGCAGAGAAUUACAGAGGUUUAUCACCAUGUUUUUGCAACAGAUUAUACUGUUGGUACAAAUUUAAUUUAUGGUUUGAGGAAAAUUGUUUCGUAAUUUGGUUUGGUAGACAAACAAGGUUUGAAAAUCAUAUUAAUUUACUAAAUUACACUAAAGUCCUUACAUUUCAUCAGUGUAAAGUAGGGGCACCUACACUAUGGAAACCAAUUCGAGGGCAGAACUGAAACAAGAGACACCAAAAUUUGAAAUUCAGCCAAUAAAAUUGUGGUCACAGAACAAAGAUAUCUCAAUUUGUUGAGUUGUAGUAUUUAGUUAAAGGUAAUAGUUAAAGGUAAUGAUACUGUCCUUCAAAUGAUAAGUCUAAAUGUUGGUCCUACCACAGAUAUUAACAUAAAUGGAACAAAACCUGUGCAAAAUGAAUUCUCUUGAUCACACUCUAACAAUCUGUAUGUAAAUUUAAGCAAAUGUAGUGUGUUUAACUAUGAAACAUGACUGCAGAAGAAGUUCUAAGCUUAUCCAUUCCUCUUUUGCUUUAAACCAGAGCAGUAAACUUCCACACUUUACAAUUUCUGAAAAAAAUUAUGCCAUUGUAUUUUUGUAUUGCCAUGGUUUCUUGCAUCAGGCUGUGAAAAUUUGAGGCAUGCAUUGUAUGUUACUUAACUGCCUAAUUGAUAUCUUACGGUUUCUAUCUUUUUUAUAAGGUAUGAGAAGAUCAAGGAAGCAUUUCAUAGCAAGUUUGGCUGUUCUCCAGAGUUCUAUGCAAGAGCCCCUGGAAGAGUAAACAUUAUUGGUGAGGGAUACUAUGUUUGCUUGUGUGGUCAUACAUGUAUGUGGUAAUUUAAAACAAAUUGCAGGUCAAAAUUCUCAUAGCUGGAAGCUAUUCUAACUUCCCAUUGCUCCAAAAAUAAUUUACUGUAAUUCUUAAACACAGAAAAACAUACAUCAAACAAGUUUUACUUCAUUUUUACUUGAAAUCAUUUUAAAUUGGAAUGUUUAUACUCUGUGUUGCUUGAGGUUUCAUUGUGUUAGCAGCAUUUCUUUCACAAAUAUCUAUGUGCCCAUUGUGGAGCAACACAUUUUCAGAUAUGUUAUCAUUUUGCACUCAGUGCAAAAUUUUGUACUUACCAAAUAUAAUUCACCAAUUUUCUAUACUAUAUAGCUGGUGGUUUUUUUGUGUGUUUUGAAGUGUUGAGUGGUAGAGCAGUAGUUUCUCCCACUUUAGCUCAUUCCAAACUUCUCUUUACUUGUUCCUUAAUGUCUCAAAAGUGGGCUCAAAACCACCAUCAAUGCAAGCUUUUAAUUUGCCAUAUUACGUAUAUAUAACAGGAGAACACAUAGAUUACUGUGGUUAUGGAGUGUUACCAAUGGCUGUAGUGCAAGAUAUUGUGAUAGCAGUGGCAGCUAAUGACCAAAAAAUGCUUAACAUAUCCAACACAUUUGAAGACUUCCAGUAAGUAAUAAGGCAUAGAGAUAUGUUAUGGAAUAAAAGAGAAAAUUCCAAAAUGUCUUACAACAUAAAUACAUGUAGAUCAAACCAGUGAGCAAGUAAAAGAACAGACAUUUAUCAAAUUCCAAACUUUCUAUGUUACUAAUUUGCAAAUUUAGAAAGUAGGGUUACCGAACAAAUCAGCUCCAGGGAGAUGAGGGGGUUUACUAGUCGUUUUAAAAAUACUCAUAAAAAGAUACUAGGUUGACCUUAGGUAAGAAUAUUUUAUAUUUAAACAUCUUAACCCCUACCUUUCAUUUUGUUAACUUCUAACUAAGUCACCUGUUGAUAUUUGCGAUGUUAUACAACUCAGAAACUUCAUUCUGCAACAUGAUAUGUAAAUUUGAGGGAAAAAUAAGUGUUUAAAUAACAAAGAAAAAGACUCUUGUCCACUCAUAAUCUUAAUUAACAACUCCUGUGAUUUAGAGUGCAAUACAAAUAACAACCCUUAAAUGAAUUUUUCAUAAAAACACAACCACACCUAUGUUUGAUGUAAUUUGUUUUUAUCCUUUCCACUUGGGAUUUAUCAGUGACCUGAAACAGGCCAAAUUGCUUCACAAUCAGUGAGCAGUUUUUAGUAAAUCCUAAAACUGUGGAUAGCAUUGAAGGUGCACUUUGAUUGGCUACUCAAACUCCAAAUAUCCUUUCAAUAUGUCACUGUUUUAGCAUAUACUUAGUAAGAAACUAUAUCACCUCAGAGUCAGUAGCCUGGUUGGAUAUUUACCUCACUAUUUCACAGCCUGGUGCAUAUCCCCCACCAAACACUUCCAUUUUAGUGAAUAGUUUUCAAGUACUGCACAAUUAAAAAUGUAUUUAACUUUUGUAUCCAUUUUCUUGUUUCAAAAUUCUUUUAUCAGGGAUUUCAGUGUGAGCUGUGAAGAUUAUAAGAUUGAUGGAAAGGAAUGGUAUCAUUAUUUUCUCUGUGGCUAUAAGGUAUGAAUGAAAACUUUUUUUUUGCUAAACUGUACCCUCUUGAAGUCUCUUCAUGUGAUUAAUUAUCAUAUGAUAACAAUAGUGCUUAAUAUAAUCAUGAUGAUUAUUAUUCAAACAUAUCAGCUAUCUUACUAUUGUUACCUGUCUUUAAAUUUUUUAGGGGUUAGUGGAUCAUAUGAAGAUUGAAUCUCCAGUUGGAUUGAACCUUGUUAUAGAUGGAACUGUUCCAAAGGUCUGAAAUGUCAACGUGAAACUAUUUAGUCACUCAUUUAACUUUCUAUCAGCAACAACUUACUCUUCCUUAUAAUUUCAUAUUUCAUUUUUGAAGUUAAGGAAUGGGUGACCACUGAUGAUGUUUUUUUGACAACGCUAAUGAUUUUGUCUCUUUUUCAUCAGAGUGCAGGGCUUUCAAGUUCAUCAGCUUUGGUUUGUUGCUCAGGUUUGGCCACACUCCAUGUCAAUGGGCUCAAGCUUAGUAAGGUGUGUACCAUCAACUAGUUAAACUAGAAUUUUUAUGGUGGAGUGACUCUCAAAAUAAUGUGGAUGUUCAUCAUUUGAGUUAAAGUUACCAUGACACAUUUUGAUCUUAUACCAUCAGAGCAAAACUUUACAUUUUCUGCUAUGAAUUAACAAAGUAUCCUUAAGGGUUUAAAAUACUAAUUAAAACAAACUUAAAUUGUGAUCACUCACUUUUAACCAGGUCAACUUGAAGGGAAAUAUUUUCACAAACACUUAAAUUCUAAUUUCUUUUUGAUGGUGAACUCUUUAUUUUUUUUUUAAUAAUCCAAACUUUAUGAAAAGUCUAUAUUUUAAAAUCUGUUUCUUUUAUGCUUAACAGCAUGAACUUGCUGAGAUAUGCACAAAAUGUGAGCGCUACAUUGGGACUGAAGGAGGAGGGUAGGCAUAGAAAAUCUAACACAUAAACCAUUACAAAAAAACUUUUGUGACUUAUUUUUUAUGCCAUGUACAUGUUUGGUAAUAUAUUUGUGAGAAAGAUAUCAUAAUGGUAGCAUAGUAGUCAGUGUGUUUAAAGGUCCUACCUCUGGCUAGGAUCAUUAUGCGGUAUUCUUUGGUAGGACACCUACCAGUAAAUCUCAUAGUAUGUUUAGGACUAGUUUAUCUAUUUGCACCAGAAUAUUGUCAAGUGGAAGGGUGGCAAAGUUCUAGGGGGUAAUCUGUGAUAUUUCAAUUACAGUUCAAAAGGAGUAGUAAUAAUUUAAGAAGCCUGUGGGAAAGAUUUCCCUUUUUGAAAUUUUUCAGGAAAGUAAGGCCAGGGUGAGGGAAGCAUGAGCAGAGAGCAAAGGGCAAGUCUUGAGCAAUGCCCACUCCUCACCCACACUUUGCACUUUCCUCUACUCACCUUAAAAAAAAAGUGACAAUUUUUUUGCAGGCUUAGCUCCUACUUACUUCAGGCUCCUGAAACUGCAUUCAGCUUCUGCAGCUGUGUGAGUCAGUCUGAAGUCCAAGCUUUGUAAAAAUUUACCAGUUUACUGUGUCACUAAUUCACAGUGACUCUGCACAUAACAUUUAAGGGAUUUCUGGCAACAACUUGUUGCUACUCCUGAGUUCACAGUUAGAUCAAAUUUAAAAGCUCCCUCACCCAUUUUGAACAAUAAUUUGUUUUCAGCCCUGAAUAUCUCCCCAGUAUUAAUAUCUGAUAAAUAAAAUUUAAAAUCCUGUACUCUAACUCGCCUUGUGUUUUACAGAAUGGACCAAUCCAUUUCCUUUUUGGCUGAGCCAGGAACAGUAAGAAAACAAUUUUCUGACUAGAAGGAAAUUGUACAGGAUGUGAAUUAACCUUUAAAUGUUGAUGUUAUUUGCCUGCAUCAGGUGCCAACUUAUGACACAAAGUGCAAUAAACAGAUACACCAUGAUUGAAAGAACAUUGUCACAAAAAUGCAAAAGGGAAAAAGCGAAGGACAAAACAUGAGAAUUAUUACAAUAGAUAGGAUAACAAAUGUAUGUGAAAUGAGGAAUGAAGUAGCUGCUUGAUCUACUGGUGUUUACAGAGUUACAUGUAAAGUUCAUUUAAAACUUCUCUGAACUUGCCAACACUACUAGCUGAAGAAACAGCUUUUUACCUAAUUUUUCAUUUUUAUUUCUCAUUUUUAACUCCUGAAGGCAAAGCACAUUGAGUUUGAUCCAAUAAGAGCUUAUGAUGUCACCCUUCCAGAAGGCAUUGUGUUUGUGAUUGCGAAUAGCUUGGUAUGUAAUUUGAGAAACAAAUUAUUCUUUUUUAGGAAUUCAAAAUUAAGGAAUCAAAAAUGUGAUGAGCUUUGUUCUUUAGCUAACAACAAGAAUGAAUGACAUCACAGGUGAAAUUGAAUGGUGAGGUCAAUUUGGCAAAUAGAUUCCACGUUACCGUGGAUCUGUUCAGUAAUAGAUCACAGAUGACAUCAAAGUUUGUUAAGAACAAAAAAGUUGCACGCGAGGCGCAGCCGAGUGUGUCACUGACGACUUCUUACUAAAUUUUGUGGUAUUCUGUGACCUUUUACUGUACAGACCCAAGGGAACAUAGAAUAUGUUUGUUUUUGGAGAUGAAAUCUUUGCGUCUGUCCUUUCAAAGAUCAUAAGUAGGAACCAAAUAAAAUCCAAUUCAGUUUAUCGUAAACAAAGUGAUAAGCAUUCGCACAGCGCCUUUCUCUUAUAAUAAACUGGGUUCCGAUCCAGAGGAGAGUAGCUGUGCUGCAAGUCACUUACUUCUACUAAAACUGGACUAAGUUGCGAUAGAAGACUUUUUAUAUUAUUUUGUCUUUGCAGGUGGAGAUGAAGAAAUCUGCGACGGCUGGCACGCAUUUCAAUGCAAGAGUAGUCGAGUGUCGUCUAGCAGCAAAGGUAUUAUUGAUAAACGCAGUUCUGCAAAUCAGGAAAAAAGGCGCCUUUCAAGCUUGGCACAUACUACCUUUUUGCGUCAAGGGAUAACAUCAAGGACUUUUUUUUACGUAAGGGGAAGGAGGAACGAAGCAGUAGCACUCUAGGAGAAACUCUACUUGCAGUUUCUGAGAAAGUGGUUUAAGAUCCGACAUAGCUGGUCCUUAGACUGGAUCCUUUUCUUGAAACUCAACUCACCUCUCCUCUUGUAAACAGGUUCUGGCGAAGGAGUGUGGACUGGACUGGAAAAGUGUUCGUCGUUUGAGCGAGGUACAACAAGGCGCGGAAAAGAGCUUGGAUGAAAUGUAAGAUUUUGCACCUUGGACGAGCAACAUAUACCAUUUAAGAUGAAAUUGCUAAACCAUAGUUAAGUUCAUACUUUCGAUUUUACUUAAUAAACUGUCAGUAGACCCGAACAUAACAAUUGUGAGUGUUUCUUGGAAUUAUUUUAACUAAAAUCUAAAUUCUAACAAAGUUCAAAUAGCCCUUAUUCCAAGUCAUUGAUCGAUCGAAAGUAAGAAUGCAACGUUUAAGAGGUAUCUGUUUUUUCCGCUGUAUUUUGAAACAGGGUUGCAAUGGUGGACUCAUGCCUGCAUGUCGAGCCGUACACGAAGAAAGAGCUAUGUGAAUACUUUGCACUUACGGUAUGUUGAUUGUAUAAAAGUUGGACGGACCUCGAGUAGGAUAUCAAAAUAGUCCAAGAAUUGCUUGCGGUGAUAACAUCUUAGGAACAGUCCUUGCUAUAUUUCCUCAAAUAUUCCAAUUACAUGUAUCUAGUAAAGGUAUGGAGAGAUCUCUACAUUACUCCAAAUUCCUCUAAAAUAUACCUGAAUACCCAGAUGAAAUAAGGGGGCAAGUAUUACAAGAUAAUUUGGUUUCAUCAGCUGAGUUGAUAAUGUUAUUUGGCCGCCUUAGAGAGUUUCUAAAGAGUUCCUAAAGCCGAUGUUUCGGGCCGUAGUUCCUCGUCAGAGCGAAUGGUGAAGGGCUAGUUCAAAACGUCAGCUUUAGAAAGUUUUUUUCGGUGGCCAAUUUACAUUAUCAAUUCAGUUGAUAAAACCAAAUUAUCCCGUAGUCCCAAAAGCAGUCUUUCGCUUUCGCUAUUGUUUUUUCAGUCUAUCCAACAACUGUAUGCAUAUUGAAGUAUGGGGUCAUACUGAAAUCAUGCUGAAGGUUUCUGUCUGUCUGUCUGUUUGCUUGUGUGCUCACAGGACAAGGAGUUAGUGAGCCAAUGCAUGAGUCCUUCAACAGCAGGAGUCACCAGCUUCAAGUUGCACGAUCGAGCCAAACACGUGUAUUCUGAAGCUUCCAGAGUGCUCAAGUUUAAGUCAGUGUGCGAGGAAAAACCUGCUAAUGCCGUCCAGGUAAUAACUGUUUGGUGUCCGUUGCUUGUCUUUUUUAACGUAGGUUGCAAUUCUCUGUGCUGGGCAUUUGUGGCAUGCUUUUUCACCCUGGCAAAGGUUACCUGCUUUCUUGCCUCCGACACUGGUUUUAUCUCUUUUUGCUCUUCGUACCGGUUGCAUGGUUUCCCGCCUUUGGAGCCGGCUGUAUGUUUUCCGGCCCUUGACACCAGUUGUCCAUUUGUCUUGGCACUGGCGUCUAGUUUCCCAGAAUUUUGAAUAUUUGAGUUAUUGGCUUGUCAUGUGAUUGGUUAGUUGAUCUACUAUGUCAUGUGAUUGGUUAGUUGAUCUACUAUAGGGUCAGUCUAGUCUACGACUUUCAUGUGACAGCCAACUUUUGUGUCUCGUGAGCAGGUCCUGGGUGGUCUUAUGAAUGAGAGCCAGGAAAGUUGCAGUAAGAUGUAUGAAUGCAGCUGUGAAGAACUUGACCAGUUGGUACAACAGUGCAGGUAUUGACUCUGUUUCUCCGGAAUUUCUCAUCAACAAAUUUAUCAUAUUUUGAUAAAUUGGUGUUCGAUUUUUCUGUAUUUUUUUUUAGAAAAGCUGGAGCCGUUGGCUCCAGGCUCACAGGAGCAGGAUGGGGCGGUUGUACAGUGUCCCUGGUGCCGAGUGAUGUCCUCGACGACUUCAUUAAACAAGUGCAUGACGGAUACUAUGCCGCUGACCCAGAAAGGCUUACAAGGGUUUCUGAGAGUCUGUUUGCCACUCAGCCGGGAAGUGGUGCUGCGAUACUUAAACUGAACUAAUAUAUUUUUGACCUAGAGAAAAAAAAAAGGGUUAGUAUAAAAGUCUGAAAUAAUAAAUAAUUUGAGUAAAGCAUAGCGAGCCAUUUAUUCAAGAAAACUACAUUCUAGUUACUUGUGGUUAUUUUUCAGAGGGAUUUUAAAAGUGAAAAUGUAUAAUUCGUGCAAAUAAUCUAAACUGCAAAUUUCAACCGUAGUUUUCAGUCAGGUCAGCUGAUUGUUAGAAUUUGAUUGACUAAAGUGAAAAGGUCAGCUGAGCUACCCUGGUAUCAGUUGCAGAAUUGAAGUUCAGUGCUUCUACCUCUAAAAUCUAAUGGCAAAUUCUUCUAAUUGACAACUUCCCAUCGUUCCUCUGGUUAGCCGCGACAAUUUUUCGCUUUUUUAAAGGCAAUUUCCCUCUGUUCCUCAUUUCACUAAAUUCCUAUGUAAUUGACAUUUGGGAAUUCCGUGGCAUGUUGAUGAUCAGUCCAAUUGAUCAGUCCAAUAGGAGUCCAAUUGUUAAACGGGUUAACAUACACAGAUAACAUACACAGAUAAGUUCGCCAUCGCAAAUAAGGGAGUACAAGACGUACCCACCCGCAAUGCUUUGAGUUAUGAUCGACUUGAGUCAUUUAUUCAUUGAUUGACGAAAACUUAUCUUUUGUCUGAGUUCUAUCUGAGCUCUGCCGCAUAUAUAAUUAGUGGGGUUAAUGAAGAACUUACCACUGAUUUCACCCUCUACACCCUAACAUCAGUAUGCAUAUUCUACAUA